AAAAGAUCAUUUAUUUUGUAAAUUUACAAGACAGAAAGUAACUUUUUAGUAACUUUCAUAUUUCAUGAGUAACUGAAAAGCUGCUAUUGUUUUUCCAAAAUCUCAGAAUGAUUCAAGUGUUAAUGGUUUAUAUCCCAGUCGAUGUUCUUGCCUGAGAAGACUUGUGCAUAUUUUGUUUCUCUCUCUCUCUUUUUUUUUAAACACUCAAAAAUGUGUGUUUGUGUGUGCGUGUGUUUGAAAGAAUGGACAUAGAGCUGUGCUAGAGCUGUUUGGUUGUAUCUGACCAACUUUUCAACACAUGUAGUACACAGACUCACGCAAGAACACACAAACACUGAGCAACCUAUAAUAAUGAUGUCAGGAUUGCAGUUAUAAUCUCUUUGGAUGUAAGAACAUAAUAGUCAUCAGUUUCCAUCUGUUUUUAGAGAUCUCACAGAACCACAAAUUGCAAGCCCAUUUUGAGCACUUCGGCAUAUUAGCAGAAAAUGAUUAAUUUUUUUCUAAAGCAAUUAAACAGAUAAAACAUAUCAAUAUCAUAGCUCUCAUACUGCUUAUGUUCUAAUAAUGGAAUAAUUUCCACAAUUAUAUAUUUAUUUAUUUUCAUAAAAUAGCUCAAUAACAAAAUGCUUUCUUUUCUUUCCCUUUCAGUAGAACAAAGCUGUAUGCAUUUCUUUGGAACACAUUAAACAGAAAUGAUUUUUUUUUUAUUCUUAUGCACAAAUACAACAAUAUUAUUAUAAACACCUUCAGAUUAAUAAACAACUAAUAUUAUUGAUCCAUUAACAACAUCUAUUUAACUUAUCAAAGAUGCAGAAAACAAAAUAUUUAUUUAUUUAUUUAUUAUUUUUUUGGUGCAAUUUGAGGUGCAUGUGUCAUGUGUCCUAAAACCAGCAUUUUAUUUAUUCUUUCUUUGUUUCUUUGUUUCUUUCUUUUUUUGUUUCCAACAAUUCAAUCAUUUUCCAAAUAGUGGGAUAGUGAUAGAAAACGUUAUGUUGUCAUAUGGCAACACCAUACAGUAUAGUCUCAUAGCAAAAUGUCAAGAGUUUGUAUCAGAGGAAGAUUCAUGUGUGUUUCUUAUGCAUGCCUCAGUCACUCAAAUGUGCCCUUAAAACUGUCCCAUCAUGCCUGAAGCACAGCACUGAUCCCUUACUUCCAAACGGAUAUUAACAAAUGACUAGCCAAAUUUUCUAUAUACCCUAGACUCUGUGGUUCGAAUUUUGGCCUGGGUUACAGAGUAGCUUCCUCUAAGGCUUAGAGUGGCACUAAGACCAUAUAAAGAAAGACUUUACCAUACUACUGUAUUUCAGUAGUUCGUAUGUUAAUGUAAUCUUGUGUUGAAGCAGUAAACGUAUCUGGCUUGCUGUCCGUAUACUGGAGGGCUCGGAGCUCGAGACUCGACUAUGACUAUGGCAGGAAGUAUUUAGUACGGCAAGCCAGCAACAAUUCUAUUUGGUAAAUUGGCUUGGCGGAUGCUUCUGAAUCGUUCUUCCCCCCAAAAUCUGUAUAGAGGGAGUGAUUUAAGCAUUUGUUUGAAGGUGCGUUCUUGUACGAUGGCUGGUCGAGAGGGCUACACUGCGAUUUGAACGAGAGACCACCACUCGUCGUAAAAGUGGGUGGACUCACGGUAUGUGAACAGGGAAGGUGAAAAUGAGAGUUGGCUCGUGCUGCAUUCGAAAGGGAGGGCUCACACUGCGAUUCAAACGGGAGACUGUUCUAAGAGAGAGAGGUAUAGCUCACGGAGUUUGAACGGGUAAGCCCAGCAUGCGUUCGAACGGGGAAGGUGAGAAUGAGAGUUGGCUCACACUGCGUUCGAAAGGGAGGGCUCACAUUGCGAUUCGAACGGGAGACUACUCUAUAGAGAGAGAGAGCGCUCACGACAUUCGAUCGGGUAAGCCCAGCAAGCAGUCGAAUGGGGAGAAUGAGAACGAGAGUUGGUCACGCUGCGUUCGAAAGGGAGGGCUCACAUUGCGAUUCGAAUGGGAGACUGCUCUAUUGAGAGAGAGAGCUCAUGGCAUUCGAAUGGGUAAGCCCAGCAAGCAAUCGAACAGGGAAAAUGUCAGGAGAAUUGUCACAGGAAGCAGAUCUGAUCUGGAGUCCAGGCCCGAGAAAAAGAGAGAGAGAGAGAGUCCUGAGAGAGUUACGUUUCCUGCCUGCAGAGUCUGCUCACACAACCUCUCUUUGUUUUACUGGCCUUUUUUCCCUCGUUUUUUCAUCCCCCUCUGCCAUGAAAAAACACACAGCAGCCAGGAGCAGAAGAGAGGUCACAAACCGAUGGGGAGAAUGGAGAAGGAAGAGAGAGUAAGAGAGAGAGAGAGAGAGAGAGAGAAAGAGAGAGAGCGCAGACGGAACACAUCAUCGGCAUUUGAAAAGAAAACAAUGGUGGUGGCCAUUGCUACUGUCUGAUAGAGUGAAGGAACUUGUGGAGGAGAGAAGCUUCACUCUUUAAAAAAAUAAAAAAUAACAGUGGGAAAAACUGACAGAUAUCGCCACCAGCUCUCAAAUUUGAAAUAAUGUAGAGAAGGGGAAGUGGGGCCUGAAACCCUAAUUCAAUCACAUCAGAACUCAACUGUGAAACAAGAGACAGACGUGCAUCUUGGAUACAGAUAGAACCGGUCAGAUGCUUUUGUUUUGUUUUUUAUUUCUCCUACCCUGAUUCAGGGGCCAUAAUUUUGAUUUGCUUCACUGUCAGUAAUGUACAGUAUGCAUUAGGACAGAGUCCAGUUUUCUUCCAUAAAGACCCAAUGCACACAUACAUGAGUAUUAUCUUGCUUAAACCAUUGUGUUCUCAGUCUGUGCAGUGCUCAGAGAUCUGAGCUUCACUCUGCUCUGCUUUACUUUGGGUGUGGUGUCUUCUCGAGAGACCAGGCUGGCUCUCUCCUAGUCAAAACAAGAUCCUGGCUCAGCCAGUCGUCUAGACAAGUUUUAAAACAGUAUGCUCCAAAGUUCAACGUAUAUAGGCAUUUUUCACCAAAAGAUCUGUGAGAUUCUAUUGUGAACAGUUUUGACUAAGAUUGGUCAUAUAUGUUAAUCUGAGCAGUUAUUAACACAACAUUUAAUAUGGAAAUUUGAAUGUUUGAGGUUAUAUACUGUGAUUGUACUGAUUGUGAUUCAUAGGGUAGUAAACACAAGAUCUACAGUUUAGAUCAGUGUAAUAUAAUAUUAAUUGUAGUAAGUAGAGUAUUAAUCUGUAUUAAACUUUAACUUCCUGUGUGAAAUUGCCCUAGAAUCUAUUGGCAUAGGAUAAAAGAGUAAGUGAAAAUAGAGCCAGCCAAU